GAGUGCAGAACUCGUUUUUCUUCUUGCCAUCAAACGUAUGUUCUGAAGGAACAUUUCUAUUACGCCUGCGAUCAGGCUCAAUUAAUUGGCUACCUGUUGGGGGUCGAGUUUGAUCCCGCCCAACGGAUGGAACUUCUUCCGACUGCAAUCAAAGCAUUCCCAAAUCUUCCGAAGGCGACAAUGAGGUGUCGUCCCCACCCGAUUUCGAGGAGUGUCUGUCUCAAACUGUGUGUGUAUUUUUUACGUCGACUACUAUAACAACCUGUAAUCUCGCCAGUUCCCCAGUUGUUACGUGGACUUUGGCAGUGUAGGAUGGAACGCACGUCGCUGUUCAGCUCGCUGCGUUUACGUAAAUUUCCCACAAGUUCUAUCGGUCCUUCUAAUGACGUGCUCCAAGGUGUUCAGCAACUGUCUACUACACUCUAGUGGACUGAACACUGCGUAAUUCAAACGCAAAAUCCUAACUGUGAUCUUAGUGCUAAGAAUUUCCGAUUGAAAACGUCGCCAACUUUGGAUAAUUUUCGAAAUGGCCCGAGGACGGAAGUCGAAAAGGAAACAAGUGAGAAGAUGCUACUGCGAAGGGCACUGCCCCAAUGGGCAAAGCAACGGAACGUGCGAGGUCAAGAUGGGCGGCAUGUGUUUUACCGACGUGGAGGCCUACGUGGAUGACGACGUGGAAUACCCGGUGCGACGAUACGGGUGCCUCCCACCGGACGAGGGCAGCUUGAUGCAGUGCAAAGGCCACUUGGUGCCCCACCAAAACAGCAAGAGCAUCCAAUGCUGCAACGACUCGGACUUCUGCAACAAGAACCUGGAACCCAUGUACACGCCCAGGCCCACCACGGAAAUGCCCACCUUUGGGACCACCGACAGUCUGCCCUAUACGGUGCUGCUGGCUUCGGUCACGUUUUGCCUCAGCAUCCUGCUGCUGGGCGUGGCGCUCGUCUACAUCAAAUACCGCAAAAAAGAGGAGCAAAGCAAGCUGAACCUCUACGCCAAAGACUGCUCGGCGGAAAAGUACGGCAACAUGGAGAUUCACGGGCCGCUGUCCAGUUUGAUUGAGAAGUCGAGCGGCUCCGGGUCGGGACUGCCCAUCUUGGUGCAGCGCACCAUUUCCAAACAGAUCCAGAUGAUCAAACCGGUGGGCAAAGGCAGGUACGGGGAAGUUUGGCUGGCCAGCUGGCGGGACGAGAGCGUAGCCGUGAAGAUCUUCCUGACCACCGAGGAGCAAAGCUGGUUCCGGGAGACUGAAAUCUAUCAGACGGUGCUGAUGAGGCACGACAACAUUCUGAGCUUCAUUGCGGCCGACAUCAAGGGCAGCGGCUGGACGCAGAUGCUGCUGAUCACCGACUACCACGAGAACGGCUCGCUCUACGACUACCUGCAGGACCAUUGCUUGGACCCGAGCAGUUUGCUGGUGAUGGCCAAAAGCAUCGCGAGCGGCAUCUCGCAUCUGCAUACGGAGAUCUUCAGCACGCGGGGCAAGCCCGCCAUCGCCCAUCGGGACCUGAAGAGCAAAAACAUCCUGGUGAAGCAGAACGGCGAGUGCUGCAUCGCCGACUUCGGUCUGGCUGUGCGGUUCCUAAGCGAGUCGAACGAGAUCGACGUUCCGCCUAAUGUGCGCAGCGGCACCAGACGCUACAUGGCUCCGGAGAUUCUGGACAAGUCCAUCCAUUCGCUGGACUUUGAAGCGCACAAGAAGGCCGACAUCUACGCGUUGGGGCUGGUCUUUUGGGAACUGUCCCGCCGGUGCGCCACUGGGGACAAAAUCAAAAUCGUCGACAAUUACGCGGUGCCCUACUAUGACUGUGUGCCGAGUGAUCCCAGUUUCGACGACAUGAUGCAAGUGGUGUGCCUCAAGAAGAUCCGGCCGCAGAUUCCUCUCAGAUGGGAGUCCGAGGAUGUUCUGCUCACGUUGGCCAAGGUGAUGCAGGAGUGUUGGCACUCGAACCCCGAUGUUCGGUUAACGGCCCUGCGAGUGAAAAAGACCCUUUUCAAGCUGGAGCCUGACACUACCAUAAAGAUCGUGUAAUUUAUAUUUAGCGUAGUUACGUUCGUUUGGGGGACACUUUCGUCCAAGCAACUGUACCUGUAAAUAUGCAUGUAGUUAGGCCAUUGCUACUGCAGAAAUAGCUUUAAUUUGUGUCCAAAGUGCCCGCGCAGUGAGAGCGGAAAGAUACAGACUGUACAUAUUUAUUUCUAGAUGUAAAUAGCCCUACCAACUAGCCCUCAAUCACUCUUGUAAAGUACCUAAAGCGCAGAGGUUUGUCGUCUAUGUUGCGAAUUUCUGCGACUGUUCGGCGCAAAACCGAUUUGACAAUACAUGCGAUUAAACUAGACCCUUACAGUAGCAACAAACGAAAUCAGGGCAUGCGAGGACGUUCUUAUUUGCCAUAGUAAGUGUCUGAUAUUUCCUAUGUAACGGUGCCAUCCACUUCUAAGUACUGUAUGCGAACUGUUCAGUGCAAAUUUCGGGUAAUUUAUAUCCAAACUAAAGUAAUGGGUGUUUUAUAGUGUGAAUUUUUGACCAAUAAGGGAUUUUCUUCAAAAACAUUUUUUUAACUUCGCAACCUUAGUCUAUCGUUUGUUUUUUUUUGAUGAAAUGUUUGUACAAAAUCGAAACGUUCACUCGUUAACUUCGCACCCAGUUGCUCAAAACCGAUUCGGAAUGAAAUCAAGUGCAAUUCAUCUUUAAGUUGUUUUUUUACUUGUUAUUAUCAGUUGAAACAAAGUUUAUGUCUCAAAUAGGCCGAGUGACUGUUAGAAUGUGCAUUUACAUUUUUAGACAAUACGUUUAAUUUUCGUUUAGUUUUAAAUGGAAUAGUUUCGUUUGAAUGUGCAUUGUUUUUAUUGCAAGACUGAUAAAUGGAUGUUGUGUUUAAUGUAUAAUAUUAAAAAACAAAUGUGUAACAAAUUGUAAUAAAUUUAAUUUUAAUAAUGCA